AUGCCCACUUGCAACAAUGUUUUACAGAACCAGACAGAAUUAGUUUGCAAUGGACAUGGUUCUUGUGAUGCUCCCAAUGUGUGUCGAUGUCAUUCGGAUUGGACUGGACCCUUGUGUGAAUAUCCAUAUUGUUUUGGUAUUCCUUCGAACACAUCAGCAACGGUGUGUAGUGGACAUGGUAACUGUACGAAUGUAGAUACCUGUGUGUGCAAUGGGAAUUGGGUUGGAAGCAAUUGUUCCAUGCCUACUUGUUUUGGAAUUUAUCAAAAUUCGACAAGUGUUUGCAGUGGACACGGCACUUGCAAUGAUAUUGAUGUUUGUUCUUGCGAUUCGAAUUGGGGUGGUCAAAACUGCUCUCUUCCAAAAUGUUUUGGAAUUUUACAAAAUAUGACUGGAAGUGUUUGUAAUGGUCACGGCUCGUGCAAUGAUGUGGAUACAUGUGAAUGCACGUCUAAUUGGGGAGGUCCAAGUUGUGCCUUACCUAAAUGUUAUGGAAUUUUACAGAAUUUGACUAUUUCUGUUUGUAGCGGUCAUGGUUCUUGUAAUGAUGUGGAUACUUGUGCAUGUUUCUCGAAUUGGGGUGGUCAAAACUGUUCCAUCCCAAAAUGUUUUGGAAUUUUGCAAAAUAUGACUGGAGUCGUUUGUAGCGGCCAUGGUUCUUGUAAUGAUGUCGACACGUGCGUGUGUGAUCCAAAUUGGGGAGGUCAAAACUGCUCGGUUCCCAAAUGCUUUGGAAUUUUACAAAAUAUGACUAGUGAAGUUUGUAGUGGUCACGGUUCUUGCAAUGAUGUUAACACUUGUCAAUGCUAUUCCAAUUGGGGUGGUCCUACUUGUGCCUUACCCAUGUGUUUCGGAAUUUUACAGAACAUGACCAGUGAAGUGUGUAGUGGUCAUGGAUCAUGCAAUGAUGUCGACAUGUGUACAUGCUUGGCAGGAUGGGCUGGCUCCAACUGUUCCAUGCCCACUUGCAACAAUAUUUUACAGAACCAGACAGAAUUAGUUUGCAAUGGACAUGGCUCGUGUGAUGCUCCCAAUGUGUGUCGAUGUCAUUUGGGUUGGACGGACACGUUUUGUUCCAUGCCAAUAUGUUAUGGCUUGUUAUCAAAUAUGACUGGUAGUGUUUGUAGUGGACACGGAUCAUGUAAUUCAGUAGACAGGUGCGACUGCCAUACCAAUUAUUUCGGAAAUAUGUGUGAAUUGACUACUUGUUCUGGAAUUGCAUCCAAUAGCUCUGGAGUGUGUUCAGGUCGCGGACAAUGUAGCUCUUUCAACAAUUGUACUUGCAUUCCUGGUUUUUUGGGAACAAAUUGUGAAAGCUAUGGAUGUUUUGGAUUUGAAUUUAAUUCCACCAAUGCAUGUAGUGGAAAAGGUGUCUGUAUAUUGCCCAACAUGUGCUCAUGUAAUGUGGGGUUUAGCAAUUUCGACUGUUCUGUCAUCGAAUGUUUUGGAAAGUUCUCAAACUCAUCCAAUGUUUGCAGUGGAAAUGGAACAUGUACAGAUUACAACAAUUGCACUUGUCUUGAUGGAUUUACCUCUUACGAUUGCAGUGUGAAUAUCAAUCCUUAUAUGAUUUCAUUGUCUUCAAGUGCAAUGCAAAUUGUCACCUCCUCCAACAUUACAAGUGUGGAAGUAGAAAUUAAUAUUCCUACCGAUGUGAAUCUGUUGAACACAACCUUCCAUUGGUAUUGCCUUAAUUGUCAAGGAGUUUCCAAUGCUUCUGUGUUCAUGAUUGGCUCCAAUCAACAAAAAUUAACCAUUUCUAUUAACGAGUUGAAGGCGCCAGGCAGUUAUUUGUUCCAUGCAAAUACGACCACCAUGAAUCCAGAUCCAUUCCCUUCACGAAUUUCUAACACAGUUGUAUUCAAUUUAACACUCCUCGUUCCUUACGCACCCGAUUUGUCUGUUCCUUCUUUAGGAGUAUUUGGUCUUCCUUCUGCGUUUGUGUCAACACGAAGCGGUCAGAGUUCUGGUCAAUCUAUCAGUGCUGUCAUUUCAAACAUUGUCAUGAACCAAACGAAUAUUGAGAAAUUCCUUGGAUGCAAAGCCAACUGUACAUCUUCUCUCACGUAUAGUUGGCAAUUGACAAGCACGAGUAGCAACGCAUUGGAGGCCUCAUCCACUGGAAGCGUAUCUGCCUUUACAAGUGGAAAUAAUCUCAUGAUUUUGCAACCACCCAUUACAGUCUCUGCAACUCUUCGAACUUUAGUAAGCAAUAGUAAGAUUGGUUUUUCAUUGGCCUUAUUCAACAGUCAAAUGCAAAACAUUAGUUCUCGUGUUGAUAUUCCAGUUUUAUCACCCAUGUCUCCUCCUUCGAGUACGAACGUCACACUUCCUACUAAUACGACUAAUUCAGUAGUUGCAUCUUCAUUCAUGCAAGUCGUACCAGCUCAAGGAGUUGCCCUCACAGAUACAUUCACUAUUAAUAUUACAGCAUGGAAUGCUCCAAGUGAAUUACUUCCACUUCGAUAUGCAGUUGGAUUUUAUGACAAGUCCAAAGGAAAGGACGUGAGAUUUACUGAAUUUUCACAGAAUCUUACCAUCACUGUUUAUUUACCUUUUAUUCAAAAUAAGGCAAGAAGAAGAAAUGUUCAAGCAGUCUCGCAAGUCGAAUUGGUGGUGUAUGUGAUGGAUGCACUUGGAAAUGAGGCCUCUCAAUCUUCAAAUGUCUCGGUUUCUGUAUCUCCAUUUAAUGGAACUUCUACACAGUUACUAGAGAGAAUUAAUGAACUUUCUGGAACCUCCUUGAUUAUCGCUUCGUUUGAUCAGUCCUAUACUGCUUUGAGUUCGAGUGGAACCAAUUCAAGCGCUGUGAUUUAUGAACUUGUGAAAAAUAUUGAGAUUGAUCCAAAGAAUCCAUCAGUGGCCUUGUCCAGUUUUGAAAGCUUAACCUCAAGCUCUAGUUCGAUCGAUGCCAACAUUGUCAAUGCCGUAACCAGCAAGUUAUCAUCUUUUGUGGAUGGAGUGAAAAAUACAUAUAGUGAUGAAAAGAAACUCUAUGGUUUUGUGAAGAGCAAACUCGCUGACCAAGAUGUUACGUCUACCAUUUCUGUCUCAUCCAAUUUAUUGGCUAGUGGUGUUUCAAGUGACAAAACGAGAAACGUGACAGAGAAUAUUUCUUCCAUGGUAUUGUUGGGAGAAGUUGCUAAAGUGAUUGAUCAAUCAAGCGGUAAUACUUUACCAACAGUCUCCUAUAGCACUUCUCUAAUCAAUAUUACCAUUUCUAGCUUUAAAUUGAAUUCUGACAUUUCAAGCAAUCAAACUUUAACUUCGGGAAGUAACUCUGUGGAGAUGAGCAUUUCACAAAUUAUGAAACAAUACAAUGCAUUUGCCAAAGAAUGUGGAGUUUCAAUGAUUGAAUAUGCCAAAAACACGAACUUUGAUAACUAUACUUCCAACAAUGUCAUUACUUCCAUUGUGAACGAUUUUAAAUUUAUUCAAGAACAAACUCCAUUGAUAUUGAACAACCUUAAUCAACCAAUCAUUCUCUCCUUCAAAUUGGAUUCAUCCAUCUUGAUUGGAAAGAACAUCUCCAAUUCUACCUUUUCUUGCAGAUAUUGGGACGAAGAGGAGAAACGAUGGAGUAAUGAAGGAUGUUGGUUACAUAGAGUGGAAAUUGCUACUGGAACGAUUGAUUGUGCAUGUUCGCACACAACCAUGUUUACAACCUUCUUGGAACAAAAGACAACAGUGAACAUACUCGAAGUCAAGGAUCAAGUCGCCUCUCUCUACUUUGCUCAGAUUGCCUUUGGCUGUAUUUAUACACUAGUGCCAUCUUCUUGUUAG